GACGAAGGAAAAGCAACGUCAGCCAUUGGACUUUGGUAAAAGCUACUGUAUUAACUGAAUGCAACAAAGUAACAGUUUUAUAGAGACAAACGUAUAGCAAAUAGCUACAUGGAACAUUCAUCUGUGAACAGCGUUGAGGUAUCACCAGAGAGCAAUGGGGAUUCUGUCGCUCUGUGUCACAAUGAGGAAGAGAGCAGGAAUCAACCAGCACAUGGUGGCCCUCAAGUCCAGCUGUGUCGUUUCUACUCACAGGGACGGCACUGUAACUUUGGGAGGAAGUGCCGCUUCCUCCAUCAAAGAGGAGAUGCCACCACCCUAACCCAGGGAAAGGUAGAGAACAGGACAAACAGAAGGUCAGAACAGGAGAACCAAAGAGGGACAGGCCCUCACAGCCACCCUGGAAUCACACAGCAGAACCCAGUGGUUGACAGCCCUGGAGAUGUAGGCCACAGGCUGCCCUCCAAACCAAGGGCUGCUCCAACCAGAGGUGAGAGAGCCAGCAAUUGCCGGCCCUGUCGCUAUUUUCUCUCUGGGUGCUGCACCAUGGAGGAUAGAUGUCACUACUGGCACCCACCACAGUUCCCCCCAGUUGAUGACCAGCCUGUAGGAGACGGAGGAAGGCCCAGGGUGCCCCAUGCCCCCCCUCCCAGUGCCUUUCAGGUGGUCAAGCUGAGUGACCUGACUGACGAUGUCACCAAACAGCUACGGGACACUGAGAUCAAGCAGCUGAUAAAGCGUUUUCCCAAAGAACAGCUUAUUGUUCAGGAACGGAGCGACGGCAAAGUCACCUUCUACCGAGCCACAGUACAGCCCACUGAUCCAGACUGGCCUUUUGACUUGAAAGACGUUGACAUAAUGGUGAGCUUUCCGGAAAAGUACCCACAAGAGGUAUUUACAUUAGAUAUACCACUGGACCAGGACUUGCCAUCUGUUAUGGGAAGAUAUGUUGAACAAGCCUCACUGGAGUGGCUGCAGGCUAAGCAUGCCACCAAUCAGUUGAGGGGAAAGGUGGAGCUGCUCUUCCGGCCCUUCCUUCGCUGGUUGGAUCGCAGCAUGGAAAGACUGUUCACUGAGGGAGCCAGGCAGCUGAAAAAAGACAUGGAGAUAGCAAAGGCUGGAAUUCAGUUUGUGCCAUACCAGCAGCUCCAGGCAACUGUGUGCAAAGAGCCUGCCACUGAUGAAAUGCCUGACCCUGUCCUCUACACUACAACUGACGAGGAGAGCAGAGAAGAGAGAGGAGGAGAAGAUAAGGAGUGGGAAGAACUAUUGGACCCUGGCUGUGAUGAUGAUGAUGAUGAUGAAGAGGACCGGGGGAAGGUGGAGAACAUUAAGAUCAGUGAGCCCCGUAGAGGAACAGAGGUGAAACUGCUGGGCCUGAGUCUGGGAGAGGGUACGGCCACCGUGGUCGCCACACAGAUCACUGUGUGUCUGCAGUGCAGCAGGUGUAAGGUGACAGCAGACCUUACUCUAAAUGGCAGGAACCCUUGCACGGCCCAGUGUGAGAAGUGCAACGCAGGGAUCAGUGCUGCCUUCAGACCCAGCAUGCUGCACCACUACAGUGAUGUCCUGGGCUAUCUGGACCUGGGCACCGCUGCUCCUGUGGACCUGGUCCUGCAGGACUGUGAACUGGUCGUGGGCUGCCUCAACUGCUCCAAAGAGGGACCUGUGAAGAACCUUUUGUAUGGCCAGAGCAAGGAGUUCAACUGCCAGCACUGUCACAGCAAACUCAACAUCCUGGUUGACAGCACACGAUUCCAGUAUAUUCCGCCAUGCAAAGAGAAAACCGGACACAGCGACUCUUCACUGACCUAUCGGCGUAACAUAAGGGACCCUGCCAUACAGAUGGGGAAACCACUACCUGAGAAGGGAGCAUGCAAACACUACAGACAGAGUCAUCGCUGGCUCAGGUUCUCAUGCUGUGGCCGGGCCUACCCCUGUGACGUGUGUCAUGACGAGGACCAGGACCACCCCAUGGAGCUGGCCACCAGGAUGAUCUGUGGUCACUGCUGUAAAGAGCAGCCGUACAGCAAUGGGAAGCCCUGUGUCAGCUGUGGAGGCAUGAUGACGAGAGGUGCCUACUCCAGUCACUGGGAGGGUGGACUGGGCUGCAGGAGCAAAGUCAAAAUGAGCAGAAAUGAUAAACAGAAGUAUGCCAACACAAACAAAACAAUUUCACGGAAAGCCAGCGAAAAGAAAUAAUCAGAGACAACAUGUUAAUGUUAUGGCAGUGGUUGAUUAUCAGGCUUGCUCUAUCAAUGCCUUAUUGUUUUCUAAUAAAUCAAGUGAGUAUUGUAAUGUUACCCAGCUGAUGUGAUUGGUGAGGAUUGAGCCCCGGUCCUGGAGUAGCACUCAGCCUUGUUGCCCUGGUGUGAACAUGCAGCAGAACACUCUCCGGCACAGUACAAUACAAGUAACCCUGGUGCUUGUGCUCACUGUAAUCACAGACACUCCCAUUAGGUUUCUUAUCUCUGCAACAGCCUCCCCAAGUGCCUUGUAAAAUCAAUGCAAUGCCCUACAUUUACAGUAGACUCUUCAGUGGCGCCACUUUUCCAAUUCUCUCACAAUUUAACCCACUCAUCAUUUAAAUUCAAUGUCUAGUUGAGAUUUACAUUUGGUUGAGUUGUCAACUAACGUGAAUUCAAUGUAAAAUCAAAAAAAAUGUUUAGGUUAGAAGAAAAUAUGAAAUUCCCUUCCGUUGAUAACUUCUUGCAAAUCCAAUCAGUUUUCCACGUUGAUUUAAUGUCAUCAGAUAAUUAUUUUUGUUGAAAUGACGUGGAAACAGUUAUGAUUCAACCAGUUUUUACCCAGUGGGAUGCAACUGUGAUCUGUUUGUCCCAGAGCUCUGUGUUAUUGUUAUGUCUUUUAAGUGGACAGGCUAGACAAAAUCUUGGGAGUUUGAUCAUGGCAUCGGGAUAGAAUAGCUGUGGCAGUGGUUUGCUCCCUUGAUCUUAAUUAAGUAGCUCCACAAACAGAUUAUUAUGUAAGAUUACAUAAGAUUAGUCUACAUAAUGAUUAGGUAAGAUUACGUACGAUUGGAAUCUACGACUUCAAUUCUUAACUCACUAAUCUUCUAAAAUAUAUUUUUAAGAGCACAUGGUCAAUGAACAGCUGGAAAAUAACAGAUUUCAUGGACUCUGAACUAAUGAUAUUGAGAAUCGAAAUGAUGAUUGACAAUGUUUAUGAUAUGAAUAGGUCACCCUGGUGGUCUCUAAUUGAAAUACAAAUAUGUAAGAAGUGAAUUGUGUUGUGGAUACUAUCAAUUUAAUAAAUUAUACUGAUUAAGA